GAAAGGAAACUUUCUUCCGUGUUGAGAAAUUAAUGUUGUAGUGAGUUUUGUCGGUGGUUGUCUCUCGAGAUUUACAACGACGAAAAUGGAUUCCGACGAGGAUGAUGAAAGUUUCGGUCAGGACUGGGACAGUCUUCCGACGAUUACGAAAUUUGAUGGAGUUAAAUCCCGUGAUGAACUUUCGUCGGUGACUCGUGCGUCCACCCGGCUAGUGGACAAUGGCCUUCAGAGUCGAAUCGCUGCCAAAGCGAGCACGCCGGUUUCGCUACUGGUGGAGAGUUUGGUGCAGCAGUUGUGCGCAUUGCUGGAAGCGGACCCGAAGCGGUCCAAGGAAUUGUACGAUACCAUUUGCGAUCGGCUGUAUGCGGUCAAUUUGAUUGAUGAAACCUACUCGAUGGGCGAGUUUGAGAUGAUGCGUAGUCAGUAUCAGAGGGCACUGUAUCAGCUGGUUAGUGUUGCCCGUGGGCAGAAUCUGCCGGUCGUGGCGCUGGAGAAUAUAUGGCCGUUGCAGCCAUCGGUUGGACUGGAGUGGUCCCGGUAUCAUAGGGAGUUUACAGAAGUGGAUUUCAUUGCCGGUGGAGGUUUCGGGAAGGUUUACAAGGCCAGGAACAAUCUGGAUGGCAUUGUGUAUGCGGUGAAGAAGAUUACGAUCCGAUCGACGACGAUCAAGAAUGUUCUGGUGCAUCUUGCGGAGGUGAAGACGUUGGCCAGUUUGAACCAUAUUAACAUCGUGCCAUACAAGGCGGCCUGGUUGGAGCCACUGUUGGCGCACGGAGAGGAAGGCCGAGCUAAAAAUGGGUCAGGAACUGGUAUUUCUACCGUGGACGAUGAAGAUGAGGAUGAUGACGAUGAAGUUGAGAGCGAGGAGGAAGACGAACGAAUUUCCGGUGGAGUGUCGUUUAGUUUUGUUUCUGGAUAUCAGUCCAAAUCCCACCGCAAACGAAGAUCAACGCUGGAUGAUUCACUUAAACGUCAGGACGAUACCGACGACUUCAGUAUCCAGUUUGAGUAUAGCAAUGGCUCCAAGGUGGAGGAAAACAAUAAUCAACUUGCUGAACUGGAAGAUGCUCGCGCAAGUCUCAUCAGUCUAGAGGAAUCACAACCUCACGUAAAGCUUAAAUGGGCCACCCUGUACAUUCAGAUGACACUCUGCCAUCUAACUCUCCGCGAAUGGUUGGACGAUCGGAAUCGCUUUGCCUGUUUCGAAGAAUUCUACGGUAAUUUCCUACGGAGUCCUCGCAGAGACUGCACCACAAGUGCCAUCCAGAAAAACUCAUUCUGCCGCCAGUCAUCGAAACUCAGCUCUGGAGGUAGUUCCGCAGAUUCCGGACCCCUUGCUAGCUCCGGCAGUAGCAUGCCCAGCCCUCCACAGGAAAAUAAACCCUCCGACAACUCGCCACAUCAUUUGGACGUGAUAACGGACGUCCUCCAGCAACUGCUCAACGGUUUGACUUACAUCCACUCCCGGGGAAUCGUUCAUCACGACAUCAAACCGAGUAACAUCUUCGUUAGUGUCAGCGAUCAUGACAAAUCCAUUUCCAUCCAGUUAGGUGAUUUUGGCUUGGCAUGUCCCCUUCAAAGCUCCCACACUGGAGUCGGCUUCGGAACACCCCUUUAUGCUGCCCCCGAACAGCUGGAGGGUAAAUGCGACCCCAAAUCGGACAUCUACAGCAUGGGAAUCAUUCUCCUGGAACUGCUCAUCCCCUUCGAAACCGACAUGGAACGAGCAGACAUGAUCAAACAGGUUCGCAAGGGUCAAUUUUCCAAUGAUCUCGAUCCGGAGUUUGCCGAUCUGCUGAAAAACCUUCUCAGCACCCGUCCAUCCCGGCGGCAUGAUACGUUCGCCCUGACUGAAGCCGUCAACUGUAUGAAACUCAACAGGGAUAAGGUGAUUUCUCAUCUGAAGAAAUCCCUUAGCGUUCAAGAAGAGGAAAUCCAAGCACUAAAGACCACCAUCGACCAGAAGAAUCGUCAGCAGGAGGAAUCGCAGGAAGACUUCUCUCUCUUGGAGCUGCGAACGAGCGAGUCGUUGAUUUUAAAGGAGCAAGAGCUGAUCUUCAAGUCGCUGGAGAUUGAAAGUAAGGAACAGCAGUUGCGCUACAAGGACGAGGAGCUGAGGACCAAAGAUCAGGAAAUUCACCGGUUAAGGGAGCUGCUCAAAAGCUACCAGGAAAGGGACGGUGGAGGAUCCGGACAGGAGCAAUGAUUCGGAAAGAGGGAAAAUGUGAUGUCUGCCGUGAUUUUACCUUUUGCUUCGUGUUCAUUCGGAAACAUUUUGACUAGAUUGCGAACGAAUCGUUUCUUAGGCUGUAUGUAGUAUUUACUGAUAGGUUUAAGCGUGAAUUGUGUUUUGGUAGAAUAUUUAAUUACAAUAAACGAGUCUAAAGUAGCUGCUUGGUUACGUUUAAGCCGAACUGCCGGUGGACGAAAGAAAGUACGCCAAUGCUACGAGUUUCUAAUUGGA